AUGCAGGUCGUCGCCGCCGCAUUGGCUUCCGGCGUUGGCAUGGCACUGGUGAAUCUCGACUUCGGCCGAUUGCUCACCCUCAUCACCGCGUAUACCACGGGCGCGUCUUCGGACGAGGCCUUUCGAAGGGACGCGAGUCGCUUGCCCCCGCCGACCAGCCUCUCCUUCCUCAUUGGCCUUGCCUGGUUUGCCCUGACGUAUGGGUACAGCACGUUGCUCACCCUGGCCGCGUUCCGCCUCACCCGUAACAUCCGCCAUGCAUACGUCAAGGCGGGAUUAACACAGGAAGCGGCCUUCUUCGACGCGGGAUCCGGGGUCGCCAUCGCCACGCAGGCGCUCUCCAAUGGCCGAAGCAUUCAGACCGGCAUUUCCGAGAAGCUGGGCCUGGUGUUUCAGUCCGGGUCGACGUGCAUAUCCGCCGUGGGCUUGGCCUUCGCCACCCAGUGGAAUUUGACGCUCAUCUGCAGCUGGAUCGCCCCUGCUACCUUGAUGGUGAUGGGGGUCACCGCCGGCCUGGACGCCUCCAUCGAAACUCGCGUUUUGAAGCUUCAAGCACAGGCGGGAUCGUGGGCUCACAGCAUGCUCGGCAGCCCUCGGACUGUCCACGCCUUUGGGCUGCGGUCACGGCUGCUGCGAGAGCUCGACACCCUUCUGCGGCAGGCCCAACAGCUUGGACACCGGAAAAGUCCGGUGUACGGGUUUAUGUUCGCGGGGGGAUAUGCCAUUGCUCAUGCGGGAUUUGCGCUCUGCUUCUGGCAGGGUAUCGAAGAAUGUGCGCGGCGCAGAAUCUUGACCCGCGGCAGCCCCAUCAGCUUCAUGGCGCUGUUUCUUCUGAUGUCAUAA